CCAAAGCUUCCAACCGUUAAUCCUCUCGCCUCUUUUAUCGAACCACAUCGCUACUGCUGCAGACAAACCCCUGCUUACAAGCCCCAAGCGUCUUCCACGAUCGAUCCCCCACCCUCAGAAGGAAAAGCUGCCUCAAGGCCCUUGACGGCCAUCGCCUUGCACAUGGUCUCGAGAUUAUAAUUGCCAUUUCAACAUGGCGUUCAACUUCAACUGGUCGCCUUUGACGGCUGACGCCGAGUUUUACUCGCGUGCACGAGAUCUGCUCACAAAGGCCCUGAACAAAUCGCCCAAGCCCCCCAUCAUCGUCGAUGACAUCCUCGUCAGCGAAUUCAACCUGGGCACCGUCCCGCCCGACCUGGAAAUCCUGGAAAUCGGCGACCUGGCAGAAGAUAGAUUUCGAGGCAUUUUCAAAAUGACCUACUCUGGAGACGCCUAUUUGACGCUCAAGACGCGGGUUCAGGCCAAUCCCCUCAAUACUUAUCUCUUCUCAAAACCAGAAUUCACAUCCCCACAGCCACUGGCCGCAGCCUCGGGCCUCACGAUUCCCCUCUCAAUUACCCUGUCCGAUAUCAAGCUAUCGGCCUUCAUUAUCCUAGUCUUCUCGAAACAAAAGGGACUGACCCUGGUGUUUCGCAAUGACCCACUCGAGUCUCUCAAGGUCUCUUCGACCUUUGAUUCGAUCCAAUUCGUGCGGGACUAUCUGCAGCGCACCAUUGAGCAGCAAUUACGAAACUUGAUGAUGGACGAGCUGCCAGCGAUUAUUCAUCGCUUGUCUUUGCAAUUGUGGUGUCCCGAUCAGGCCAAUAAGGGCGUGGAAACCCCCAAAGAGGAGACGGAUGAGGAGGGGGUGAACCCGCUGUCAAGCCCACCUCUGGACCCUGUUGAUGCUAAUGGCAACGUGCUGGACCCAAGCGCCAUCUCAGAAAUCUCUCUGAAUGGUGGAGGCGAGACACAGUCGCUCUUCUCCCAGAAGAAUCUGCUACGUCUCGCUGCGCUAACCGAUUCGCAUCGGACCCUGUCUCUGUUUACCCCCGGUAUAAGGGACGUGGUAUUCCGAGCUUGGUCAGGCUGCGCCGACCGCGCUGAUGUCGCCACUCCGACUGUUUCGUCCCCGAACCGAGUCAGGACAAAUUCACACGCUGGCGUCACAGGCACUACAUAUACAUUUUCCGAUACGGGAAGCACCCUGCACGGCUCGAUAUCAUCGCGGCCUUCCUUUGCAAGCGUCAAUGCCUCCACGGGCUUGGGCGUUGGCAGCAAUGUUCGAUCAAGGCCAGGCCGCAAGAAGAAGAACCGCGUGGUCAAUCUCAGAAAGACCAAGUCGGAAGCCGUCACUCCAGACAACCAAUCCGAAGCCGGAACCCUAACACCGGCCUCGGUCAACAUUCCCCUCUCGGAGCCCUUAUUCGACAACUCGAUACCUGAGGAAGAUGAGCUGCAGGAUGAUCCCUUCACCGGCGAUCAUUUCCACCCGCAGACUCUCAUGAACGACAUGGGCGAGAACUCUCUCACAUUGGAGGAGCUCACGUCCGCGCUGAAAGAUUUGAAGAUGCUGGCCGACGCUACGGCCAACAGCCGUAAGGCGACUCCCGAAAAAGGCAGCCCUCGGGAGACACCAAGCGCCAAGGCCCAGUCAUCGCCUGAUCUUCUGGACCAAGACUGGGUCAUGAAAAUGGCAAGCGAAAUCGCACGCCGCGUCUAUGACGAGAAGCGGUCCCAGCAACGGGGCAAGUGGGAUGAGUCUGAGGACGCCCCGCCCCCAGCAUACGAGGCAUCGCCUCAGUCGCCUCUGUCCCGUUAAACCAACCCGGAGCCGAGCUGAGUGAAGGGCAUGGAGAAGACAUGAGCUUGAGCUUGCCACCCCACCACUAUUCGCUCCCUACAAAGCCUGUUCUAACUGUCCCCGCGCUACGGAUGCACAGAUUGGAUUAGACUUGAUAUUUCUUUCCUUUGUUUUUUUCCUUUGUUCGAUGGCAUUGUGCUGUUUCUACUACUAAAGUAUGAAUAUGUAUACAUAUAUACAUGCACGUACACACAAACAUGGGUAUCUUAUAUCUCGGCGUUUUAUGGAGGGAAGGGCCACAGGGAAUGCAGGGCACGCAUCACAAAUCACGUACACUCGGGACAAAGAGGGCAGGCAGGAUUCAAAAAGCAGAAGCAAGCAGGAGAGCAGAAAAGAUUGGCUAGGAUUAAUACCGGGUGGGGUCAGGAUGGUGUUUUUUGGUUGCAUGAUUUGAUACCCGGAUAUGCACUUGAACAAGACGAAUGGGUCCAAAAG